AGCAGGUUGACUGAGACAUUUUUCUUCAUUUUACACAACCUUGUUUGACUCUAUGCGAACAUCGAACUAAGAAUGGCAAAAAUGAGUCGCUCUUCCUACAUACUAAUACUAACUUUUGCUUUGUUUUCUCAAGGUAUUUUACUUUCAGCCUCCAAGUCCAUAAGAAAUUUAGAAGAUGACAUGGUAUUUAAUACAUUUAGGCUGGGAAAAGCCUUUCAGAAGGAAGAUACUGCAGAAAAAUCAGUCGUUGCUCCUUCCCUGGAACAAUAUAAAAAUGAUGAGAACGGUUUCAUGAACAAUGAGGAAAACAAAAAUUCAAAGAACACAGGCUUCAAACACAAUUUCUUAAAUCAUGGUCUGCCACUGAAUCUAGCUAUAAAACCUUAUCUUGCACUAAAAGGAUCUGUAGCUUUCCCAGCUGAGAAUGGAGUUCAGAAUACUGAAUCAACACAAGAAAAGAGAGAAAUUGGGGAUGAAGAAAACUCAGCUAAAUUUCCCAUAGGAAGGAGAGAUUUUGACAUGCUCAGGUGUAUGCUGGGAAGAGUCUACCGACCUUGUUGGCAAGUUUGAUACCUGUUGGUCCACAUCAUCUUUCAAGAAGACAACAAAAGCAUUUAAUUGCCAGUGGGAGGAAAGCCCUUAAUGUUACUCUAACUUGUGUAUUAUUUUAAAUGUCUGUUUUAAAAGAAAGCAGUGUUAAGAUAUAUCAGUAACCUAAAUGAUAUGCUUUUCCUGUGCAUUAAACUUUGUGAAAAUCCUGCA